AUGUAUCGGACUUGGGGCUUUGGAUACUCCUGGUCGUGGCUCAUCUUGGUCUUACUGACUUUCGCUACUCUUGGGACUGCGUUUCUGUCUACUAAUUUGACUGAUGACGUACAAUGGGACAACUACAGCUUGCUCGUUAAAGGCCAGCGUAUAUUCCUUCACUCUGGCGAAUUUCAUACGUAUCGACUCCCCGUGCCUUCCCUGUGGCUCGAUAUCUUGCAAAAAAUGAAAGCCAUGGGACUGAACGGUGUUAGCGUAUAUCUACACUGGGGUGAGAUCAAUCCGGCUCCAGGCGUUAUUGACUUGGACGGCAUUCGAUCGUUGCAAACUUUAUUUGAUGCGGCGAAAGUGGCCGGUAUCUGGAUUGUCCUUAGGCCUGGACCGUAUAUAAAUGCUGAGACCACAGCUGGAGGUCUUCCUCACUGGGUAACUUCGCAAGUAGCUGGUAUUGUGCGAACAAAUGACACGGACUACACUGCGUCAUGGCAAGAAUACAUAUCAGCUAUUGUCAAUGCCACCGUGCCGAAUCAAAUCACGCACGGUGGACCCGUGAUAGGUACUGUUGACGAUUAUGGCAAUGUAGAUAACGAAUAUUCGCAGACUGGUUAUGGACAUGCUGAAUACUUUCAAGAGCUAGAGCAAGCUCUUCGAGCAGGAGGGAUUGUUGUGCCGUUUACGUAUAAUGAUCCUGGAGAACUCCGGAGCUUUAUCAAUGGAACUGUUUGUGAUGUAUCCAUUUAUGAGCAAGUGGAUGCCUAUCCACAACGAUACAAUUGCUCGUUCCCUGAUGUAUGGCCACAGAUAGCUGACAAUUGGCACGAUUACCACGAAGACGUGAACCCAAGCGAGCCAUUCUAUUUCCCAGAGUUCCAAGGCGGUUCUUUUGAUGCCUACGGACCAACUUCUCCAGGGUAUCUCGGUUGCCAGAGAUUAACUGGACCCGAGUAUGAGGAUGUCGUUUACAAGAUGUUAUGGGCUGCGAAUGUGAAGAUGCUCAACUUCUAUAUGCUUUAUGGAGGGACAUCUUGGGGAGGUAUUCCAUACCCUGGCGUAUAUACUUCAUAUGACUAUGGUGCUGCUAUUGCCGAAAAUCGACUUCUGACGCCUAAGGCUAUAGAGCUGAAACGCCAAGGCCUCUUCCUUCGUUCUUCUCCAGACUUCUACAAAACGAACUGGGUCGGAAAUAGUUCAUCCUCAGCAGUCAAUAUCUCCAAUCCGAAUGCCUUCGCCGUCUUCCUUAGGAAUCCUGAUACCGGCACUGGUUUCUACAUCGCUCGUCAGAAUGAUACAACAUCGACCGCCACGACGGACUUUGGAUUGCAAGUCUCAACCACGAACGGCACGCUCGAGAUUCCGCAGACGAUUCCGUCAAUCACACUUACAGGUCGGCAGUCCAAGGUUAUUGUCACUGACUACCGCUUUGGCGGCUCCCACGUUCUGUACUCCACUGCCUCCAUCCUCUUCGCUGGCCAGAUUGGCAACCGUGAUGUUUUAUUCCUUUAUGGCGACUCAGAUCAGCAGCACGAGUUCGCAAUUGAUCUGAAGGGAUCUGGAAGCGUUGCAAGGGAUCCGGCUGUAAAGACGACAAAACGUUCGGAGACGACCAUCUUCAGCAUCACGGGGAACGUAACUCGGCUCAUCACCCUUUUCGACUCUGGUAAACAACUAAUCCUGUUCAGCGACACAAAUACCGCAGGGACAUUCUCAGCACCUGUCAUUCCAAACGAACACGCCUCAGGAGAUGCUCGAACAUUCGCCAACUACUGGCAACUUGGCUCAAACUCAACUAUCCUUGUCGGCGGGCCGUAUCUCGUAAGGAAUGCAAGCAUUUCAGGAUCAGAGCUUCGCCUCCAGGGCGACCUAAAUGCAACCGACAGCACUACUCUAACGGUGAUUGCGCCACCUGAAGUUUCUUCGGUGUUCUGGAAUGGCAGAAAUGUUCACACGACCAAGGACUCUGCAUCUUCAGCUACCUCUCGUGGAGGCUUCAUCGCACAACUGCAACCGUACGUAUCGAUUUCGGUUCCGGAGUUAUCGGGCUGGAGAUUUGCGGAUAGCCUUCCCGAAGUCCAGAGUAACUUCUCCGAUGCGGAUUGGACGAUUGCGAACCAUACGUCCACAAACAUACCAUUCAAGCCGUAUUACGGGGAUGGAAGAGUGUUGUAUGGAUGUGACUAUGGCUUCUGCGAAGGUGCUGUCCUCUGGAGAGGGCACUUCAACGCGUCAGGCGACGAGAAGUCGGUGAAUCUCUCAGUCAACGGUGGUCAAGCGUUCGCUGCAAGCGUGUGGCUCAAUGACAUCUACCUCGAUACUGCAUUCGGAAACUCGACGAACGACAGAAAUAUUCUGGAAGAGACAGAUCAAGUAUUUACCUUCCCAGAAAGUGCCGUUCUCGCCGGGCGAGAUAAUGUCAUCACAAUCGUCCAGGAUAAUAUGGGAAACAACGAGACUGGCUACGGAACGGACGGUCCUAAGUCUCCGAGAGGCGUGAGGGGCUUCCAGCUUGAUACAGGCACGUUUGGAGAAUGGCGUGUACAAGGAAAAAUCGGCGGAUACACCAGUUUUCUUGACAGGACUCGCGGUGUGAUGAACGAUGGUGGUCUUUUCGGGGAGCGGCAAGGAUGGCAUCUACCCGGAUUCAAUACGACGGGCUCAGAGUGGGUGGACCGUGACCUAUCUGAAGGGCUACCCAGCGACGCAGCGGGAAUUGGCUUCUUUGUGACGACGUUUGAUCUGCAUAUUCCCUCAGGCACAGAUGUCCCGAUGAGCUUUGUCUUUGACGAUGGUGCGGGUUACACGGGUGCACCGUAUCGAGCAUUAUUAUUUGUGAAUGGCUGGAUGAUGGGCAAGCGCAUCGCGAACCUCGGUCCUCAAGCAGCAUUUCCAGUGCACGAAGGUAUCUUGAAUUACUCCGGAAUGAAUACUGUGGCUAUUGCCCUAUGGUCAAUGCUGCCCCAAAAAGGUGUCUCGCCGACUCUCUGCUUGUCUGUUGAUGCAAUCUUGGAGGGAGGCGUUGGUGGGAUCGUUGUCAACAAUCCAAGCUACGAGAGUGUGCGUGGGAACUGGCUGUAA